UCUCAUCUCUAGAAUCGCAUCUAUCAUUAUUAUGUCAACCUAUGGUGUGGGUGGAGUGCUCACUUUUCUCGUUUUGAUUAUACCUUCAGUCACAUACAUUAUUUAUAAGACUCAAACCAAACCUGAAUACAAUCAAUUGUUGUACGAGUCAACUCAAGAAUAUCCUCUGCGAAGGUUAUUUGUUCCAGCAAGACAGACAUGUCCAGUUGAGGAUUUGUCUCACAUAAAGAGCAAAGAAAACUUGCAGCCAUUUCAUCAUGUCUUUAUUAUCAUGUUGGAAAAUAUGGGCAACAAAGUCAUUAUUGGUAAUGAAUAUAUGCCAUUUAUCAACUUGUUAAUAGAAAACUUUGGGUUUGCUGCAGAAUAUUAUGGAGUUACACACACAAGUCUACCCAAUUAUAUUGCAUUGACUUCGGGAAGUAACUGGUGGAGUCAUAACGAUUCCACAGAACAAGUGUUCAACCAUACUUGUAUUGCUGACCAAUUGGAACAAAAUGGUCAAACUUGGCGAAAUUACGCUCAAUCUAUUCCUUAUGCAGGAUAUAAAGAAACUUCUAUUUAUCCUCCAAAUAGCAGUUUCUUAUGGUUCCAAGAUCAUUGUCCUUUUCUAUUCUAUCCUCAAAUCUUCUCGCAGUCUGACAGACUCGCAAACGUUGUUCCUUUACACCAACUUGAAAAUGAUUUGGAAAAUUGUACAACUCCUCAUUUUGCCUUUAUAACUCCUGAUGCUUGUCAUGAUAUGCAUGGAGGUUCUGACCUUUGUCCAUCUGUACAUUUGUAUCCUAAUGAACCAAAUAAGUUACUCGAUUGCUUAGAUGCAAAUGUGACUUUGGAAGACUGUCAAAAAAUACGUUACUUGUGGAAAACGGGAGACGAUUUUGUACGUGAAUGGGUAACGAAGAUUAUUCAGUCACCCAGUUGGAUUGGAAACUCAGUUAUAUUUGUAACUUUUGAUGAAAGCAACUUUAACGAACCACUUGACGAAUUCAUCCGAGGAGGUCCCAACACCGACUAUAUAUAUGGCUCCAACUUUACAUUUGAUGGCCAUAGCUUUUUUAUUCAAGGCUUGUACGGAGGAGGACAUAUACCUUUGAUAGUUAUUUCCCGAAACUAUCCUUAUCACGUUGUUUCUCAUCGUACAAGUAACCACUACAAUUUGUUAAAGACAAUCGAGGCCUCUUGGGGUUUGGACUAUUUAGGUUUCGCAAGUGAUAAUAUACAGGUUUCUGUAUUAUCCGAGUUUUUCUCCUCAUCAUUUAACAAGUCUUUCCUAUAAAUAUCUCGAGUCGGUCCCUUAUUCCAAAAUACUUUUUCCAUCCAUUUGCAUUUUCCUUGCAACUCGUCCACUUUGGAUUAAAGACGGCUUGAGUGGGUUUGCCUCGUAUUUUUGUUUGC